UUGGUGCUUCAAACCCAGAUUGAAGUGGAUGAGCCAGAAGCUCAAGUUGUCUUCUGUCAAACAGGCUCAAAAGAAGAAGUCAGCUCAUUUAGAGGAUCCAUUUAAUGACGAACAACGUGAGCGACAUGAAGUAGAAAUGCUUGCCAAGAAGUUUGAGGCAAAAUACGGUGGAAAGCCCCACAAACAUCGGAAAGAUCGCCUGCAGGAUCUAAUUGAUAUAGGUUAUGGCUACGACGAGACGGACCCUUUCAUUGAUAAUUCGGAAGCGUAUGAUGAAUUGGUUCCUGCAUCCCUGACAACCAAAUAUGGAGGGUUUUAUAUCAACACUGGUACACUGCAGUUUCGCCAGGCAUCUGAAUCAGAAGAUGAAGACUUUGCAGAAGACAAAAAACAUAGGCCGCCUAAAAUAGCAAAGUUAAAAGAAAGUGAAGAUCGUGGAAUGAAGAAACGCAAGCGAAAAGAUGAAGGGACAGAAAAGGAGAAGAAGCCUCGGAAGAUGAAAGUUCCUAAGCAGUUGGGAGUAAUGGCCUUAAAUUCACACAAGUCUGAGAAGAAGAAAAAGAAACUGUAUAAAGACUCGCUCUCUCUGGCUGCCAUGAUCCGUAAAUUUCAAAAGGAGAAGGAAGCCAUGAGGAAGAAGGAACCUAGUCCAAAACCUCCAGUGACUGUUGCAACCUCUACCCCUAGUAAAAUUCCUUCCUCCUCUCUCAGUGCAGGAAAUGAUAUCUCUGACUUGAAUCUUAGGAUCAAUGAUCCUGUCCUCUCCAUUUUUGGUAGCACAAAUGAACCUGAGCUCCUGCAAGAAACUGAAAGUGCCCUGGAGAUGCUGGGAGACAUUGACUUUGAUAAGUUGCUUGAUGGCACUUCUGAUGGCAGCCCGGUCUCUGAGCUGUCAGGAGAAAAUGGAAAUGUCACUCAGGCAACCUACACCUCUCAGGUCAUGACACCCAAGCAGGUGCCUGCCCUCCCAGAAGGUCUGCCUAUGCUACUUGAAAAGCGCAUUGGAGACCUUCGAACAGCUGCCAAGAUGUUUGAUGAAGAAGGCAGGAAGAAGUUUUUCACACAAGACAUGAAUAAUAUUCUUCUGGACAUUGAGCUACAGUUACAGGAGGUGAAUCCUGCCAUCCGCAAUGGAGUGUACUCACACCUGGAGGCUUUCGUGCCGUGCAAUAAGGACACGCUGAUAAAGCGCCUGAAGAAGUUACACCUCAAUGUCCAGGACGACCGCUUGAGAGAACCAUUGCAGAAGCUGAAACUGGCUGUCAGUAACGUCAUGCCUGAACAGUUAUGCAAGUAUCAAGAGGACUGUCAGGCCCGCAAUCAAGCCAAGAAUGCCAAGUUGCAAGCGGAAGAUGAACGAGAGAAAAAUGGAUCAGAGGAAGAUGAUGAUGAGAAACCGGGAAAGAGGGUUGUUGGACCCAGAAAGAAGUUUCACUGGGAUGACACAGUGAGGUCUCUGUUAUGUAAUCUUGUUAAGAUCAAGCUGGGAUGUUACGAGCUAGAGCCAAAUAGAAGUCAGUCUGCUGAAGAUUACCUCAAAACCUUCAUGGAAACAGAAGUGAAACCACUUUGGCCUAAAGGCUGGAUGCAGGCAAGGAUGCUUUUUAAAGAAAGCCGAAGUGUUCACAAUCACCUCACUUCUGCUCCGGCAAAGAAGAAGGUGAUUCUGGCCCCUAAACCCAAAGUGAAGGACUCCAGUCCAAAAAAAGAACAGAAAACUUGUAUGUCUUCAGUCAAUUCAAGUUGUGCUGCUGUACUGAGUUCCAGUGCAGCUGUGUGCACCCCAGCCAGCUCUAGUUGCACAGCAGCUCCAGAGACGAUCUGCUUGGAUGACUCACUGGAUGAGGACCUCUCUUUCCACCCACCCUCACUGGAUUCUGUUUCUGAUGCUCUGGCAGUUAUCAAUAAUGGUGCCAAGGGAUCACCUCUUGGGUCCACCAUAGACACACCAACAUCCAGACCUCGCCCUGGGCUGAGGGAAGAGAAACUAGCAAGCAUUAUGAGUAAGUUGCCUCUGGCAACUUCCAAGAAAGUAGAGCCCACUCAAACAUCCCAUUCAUCAAGUCUUAUUGCUGGUCACACAGGGCCAGUACCAAAGAAACCCCAGGACUUAGUUCACACUGGUAUCUCUUCAGGCCUUAUUGCUGGAUCUUCAAUUCAAAAUCCCAAGGUUUCCUUAGAGCCUUUGCCAGCCAAACUACUUCAACAAGGACUACAGAGGUCAAGUCAGAUCCAAGCUGCUUCCUCCUCUUCUCAGACUCAUGUUUCUUCCUCUAAGACUCAAGCAGCUAUUUCCACCUCCUCUCAAAGAACCAAGGAUGCUAAUAUCUUGGUAUCGUCUGCUGAGGCUCAAGGUGGUACUUCCUCAACAUCACAAGUGACAAAGGUGCACCAGCAUUCAGCUGUACAACAGAAAUAUGUAUCUCCCUUACAAGCAACUAUUAGUAAAUCACAGACCAAUCCUGUGGUGAAAUUGAGUAGUAAUCCUAAACUCUCUUGCUCGUCACCAGUCAUCAAGGCUCAAGAUAAGUCUGUAGUGUAUCGCCUGCCUUUGUCUAAUCCCUCAUCCGGAAGUGGCUCUCAAGUGUCUCACCCACUGGUUUCUCGGACAACAUCCAGCACCUCUACCUCUAGUAACUAUUUAGCCAAGGCUAUGGUGUCACAAGUUUCUUCCCAGGGUUUCAAGCCUCCCUUCUCCAUGGCUGCCUCUCCCAAACCUGCUGCUUCUCCCAAGCCCACUUCAUCUAAGCCCUCUGUGACACCCAAGCCAAAUGCAUCACCUAAAUUUUCAUCUAAGUCCACCUCAUCCCCCAGGCCUGCAACAACACCCAGUUCUUCCAGUUCAAGUGCACUAGUUUCCCAGAGUAGUCACUCCAGCAACAACCCCCUUCAUAAACAGACCAGUGGUGUAAAUAUCAGCAGGCAGUCUCCCACAGUGAAUUUGCUGUCUUCUAAUCGCACCUCAGGCCUUCAGCCUGCAAAAAACCCUCAGGCUUCUUCAAAAUUGCCCAACUCUUCUCCUUCUGGAACUGUUGGUAAAAAUAAUCUGGGUGGAGUUGGAAUGAAUGUACCUGCCAGCAGAGGCAGUAACCUUAACUCAAGUGGAGCUAGUAGGACUAGUCUGUCUGGGGGAGCAGGAAGUGGAACACAGGGUGCUACUAAACAGUUGUCAACUCCACACAGACCAUCUUCUGCCUCAGGGUCUCCAGUUGUAGCAGCCAGCGUGCAGCUGCUUUCAUCGGAACAUCUUAAGACCAAAACUGGUAAUAAAAACUUUAUCCAUGCUAGGAGAUUUCAUCACUUUGCUUUUCCUUCAACAGCAGGAGCAUCGUUACUGGCUAACGCCUCACCUCUGACUCUCAUGGCAUCACCCCUGUCUGUAACCAGUCAGAACGUGACGUCUACACCAUUAACUCCUUUUGGGAUGCUGGGUGGCCUUGUUCCUGUGACUGUGCCCUUCCAGUUUCCCUUGGAGCUGCUUGGCUUUGGGACGGACACAGCUGGAGCGACAACCACCUCGGGAUCUACCUCAGCGGCUUUCCACCACAACCUAACUCAGAACUUACUGAAGGGUUUACAGCCAGGUGCUCAGCAUGCAGCAACGCUGUCUCACUCACCUCUGCCUGCUCACUUGCAGCAAGCUUACACAGAUGGAGGCCAAAGUAAAGGGGACACUAAGUUACAGCGGAAAAACCAGUGACUUCUGGACGAGCAAGGGAGCUGAAGCAGUUCUGGUUGGCUGACAGAAUCUGCCCAGUUGGGAAAGUGCUUAUUGUCACAGGGCUGCUGUUUCUGUCAAUGUUUACAUAUUCUGAUCCUAAGCACUGUGGUGAGAGGAAGAAGAAAAAUAAAAAAAUACUUGAUCAAAGAGAGAAGGAAAAGGAGGACUGGUCCUCCUGGUCAUGCAGACUGGUCACAGUUUGAUAUUGCCUAAAGAAACAACCUUUUUUAUCUGCUCUGAUUGGCUCUUAAAAGAAAUUGAUCGUCAAACCCACAGCAGCACCAACAUUUUGUUUCUGGAUGAAGUCCAAUGAAAAGUGGAAAUGGUGAAAGGAGCUAGAAUAGGUUUCUCCAUUCAUCGCAUAAGGUGGAUUCAUCCUUAGUGCCCAAAGUGCCCAGUGUAAGAUUAUGUGUAGGUCCUGAGUGUACUAUACGGUUGUGGACCAAAGGUUAUGUAGAAUAGAGAUGGUGCUGGGAUACUUUGCAUUAUAAUUAAAACUUUAGACAAAAGCAGUUUCUGAUAAUGGGCAUUUAUCCAGCUUUAGAAGGCUGUUUGGCUUUAGGGAGCCUACAGAUGUAUGCAGUCUCAAUAGAGAAUUGUCUUCAAAAACAGAUCUGGUACAUCAAUAUGUGAGACACAGACUAUUUGUUUUGAUUAAUUUUCAGGGUUUUUUUAAGUACAAAAGUUCUUAUUUAAGGGAGGAAGGGGAUGAAAAUUCAUUCACAUGAAAAGAAACCCACAUUUUAUUGGUCAGACUAGCAUUUCUUUCCCACAUUUUUAAAUCACACUAAUGUUUCAGUAUUUCCUUUUGUUAAACUUUUUAUCUUGUGCUUAUUUGCUACUGAAAAGAUAGUCUAUUCAUGUCUUUCAUAAAUCACAACCAGUUCUUUUCUCAUUCUCAGGCUUCAUCUUUUAUCUUACUCCUCCCAAAAGCCAUGCAUUAUAUUGAUUUGCUAGUUAAAGAAAGCUGAUUGUGACCUAUUCCAGAGUCAAAUUAAUACUGCUUCAGGCAUUAGCCAAAGAAGAGUCGUUCAAAAGCGACCAGAGGUGCCUUCUCUUCUGGGGGCUGAAUGGGUUGUCUCCAGCAUUUCCAGCCCCUGCUGGCCUGGGGAGUUUGACCUGAACUCUUUUUUACAUGGUAGCGCAAGACUGCAGAGCUGGCUUUGUUGUUUUGGUUUCUUUUUUUUCUUUGAUAGCAAUACAUCAACCAGUUCACAUGUAAGAUUAGGAAGCAUCUGGCACAUGUUGCACUUUUGACACUAGGACAGAACUUUGGUGUUGAGUCCCUUGUGCUGUCGGAUAAAAAGUGAGAAUGGCAGAAACAUAAAAUUAUUUAUGACUAAGUAAGUCAUAAAGAAAAGGAGCAAAUAAACCAGUAUGAUGCCCUUCUCCUUCAACCCUGAAACAUUCCUUUGACCAGAGAUGCUGAAAUUCUUAGUAAAUAGUUUUUCUGGUAGUUUGACUUGAGAUUGAACCAGACACUACUGGUUAUCUCACACCUUUUAGAGAGACUUUGACCCCUGAAUAAUGAAUCUUCAAUGUUUUUUGCUAGAUAACUUAGAGCUUGCAGGUUUCUUUUACAUGUGAUUUAUUUUUUCUUAGAUCAGGCAACAAUUUCUUUUCUAUUUAGAGCUCAUUUUAAUUUUAUAUAAAUAUAUAUACAUAAAUUUAAAAUAAUAUAUAUUGUGUAUUUAGUAUAAAAAUGUUGGGUUGAGCUCAGCAAUAAAUGUUUUUGCACAACACUUCUGUGAAAGACAGAUUGGUUUAAGAUCCAUUAGUUCAUAAGUUUCACUCCACAGCAUCUGCCAAUUAAACGCUUUUUAGCUGGCGCUAAUGUUUUGUAUAUGGUGUGUUGAUCAGAUAAGCUUGCAUCUCCAUCCUGGUUUAGAGUUGAAACACAUACAGCUAUGGAGACCCUGGCAUUAAUACUGCACAAAUUCUGUCAAAAUACCAUAAACUAUUUAGAGUGCAAGCUUCAUCUGAUAUUUUUUUCUUUUUUUCAGGAAGGGUUGAAGGAAGACAACUUUUGUUUUUUGAGGUCUAACAGUUCUGGCAGGAUGUUAAUUCUCUGAACUGUGUCAAACCUGAGAACUUUAAUGAUGCAUGUAGCUAAGGGAGUUGCAGCAGUGAGCCCUUGGGCAGCAAUAUAUUUAAAGGACCCUGUCCUAAGAGAGUUCUACCUCUUCUGUGUUUUCCUCAUCAAGGCAUCCCAUUCAAAUUGUCAUCUUUUGUCUUCAUACUUACUGAAAUUUUAGACUGGGAGACUUGGAGUCCUUUAUAUCUACAGCACAAAUUCCCUUUCAAUAUUCCUUUCUUCCUGGAAGUAUGCUUCAUCUUCAGUUGAAGAGUAUUCUCUCAGUCUUGAGGGUAGGAAUAGUCCUGCCUCUAUGUCCUAUUGAGCUUCUCAGACUUGGGAAACAAGUAAACUAAUACUUAUUGUGGAAAUAGAUACUAGGAUGAUGAAAAUAAACAUGACCAUCCAUUGUUUGUGAAUCAGUUCAAACAACCCCCCCGCCCCCAGCAGCAGGUAACUGUUUUCAGUCAUCACACUCCUGUUAGUUAUUACUCUCCUGAGUGCAUUUGAAUGAACCACAUUGGGGGUGGGGGAUCCUUUACUCGCUGUUUUCUAUUCUCCCUGCUUAAGCCUAGCAAGGCCAAAUCAAAAGAACUGAAAAGGUGGUUCCUAGAGACCUUUGCAGGUACCAUAGACAGGAUGGGGAAGAUUACUGCAACGUUCAAAUGCAAAAUUAGGUUAAUGUUUUACUACUUUCUGCACAGCACCUCUUCUGAAGACAUUCCCCCUCCACCUCACCCCCUGCCCAGGUUUUUACUACUUUUUAAGGGCCUUUGUUAAUAAAUAAACUGUAGUUGUACAUACUAAAUAAACCCUCAGUAUUCACAAGCAAUAAGAAAGCCAAGCAGAGCUGUCUUUUCCAGGCAGCAGGGCUGAACUUGGUUUGGGGACUGUAUAUGAGCUAACAUGUCAAGCUCUCUGAAAGCCCCAAACAAAUGCAAGCAAUAACUUCAAACAUAGGUUUUAGAUGUUGAAACUGUCUGGGUAGAAUUCCCUGCUACAUGAUCCAAAGUCCCAAAAACCAUGGUAGCUAUUUUAAAUCAUUAGAGACUCUUGCAAAGAAAGAAGGCAGGCUAGAUGAAAAACAGGCUGCAGAGUUUCCUGAUACCUUGGACUAUAACUGCAGUGUUCUCCCAUUCCAAGACACAAAUGGCCUCACUUUGUCCAGCCUUCUCUGUUGAUUUGAGAAACAUGUCUAAAUGCUGAUCAACUGAGUCACGAGUGCGGAUGCUGUGGGUUUCACAUCUGUUUUCUGCUAAUCAGAAGUAACUUUUAAUUACUUGGGUUCUGCUUUGUGUUUCAAUAAGAUCAAAGUUGUCUGAUGCACGGAUUUAGGGGUGGAACAGGUGCUAAAAGCCUGUUCCUUCCUGCAGUCCCAUCACCUGACCCUUCCUCCACACUCCUUCUCCACUUGGUGCAAGAACUUGAGGACAUGAAAACAAAGAACUCUGCAACUCUCCCAAGCUGCCAUCAGUUGUGCGAACCAGUAACCCUCUGGGAGUCACGCUGGACUCCAACUAACUUUAUCACAUUUGCUGCUACAUUCGUAAAAUGAACUUUUGGCUGUAUUUAUUAGAAGAUUUUUAAUCUAGUUUACAGAUAUUUUUUUUUUGUUUUGUUUUCUUUUGAUUAGUUUUUGCCCACAGUUGGAUUAGAAUCAUUCGGGUGUUUGGGUUGAUGGGUUUUUUGUUUUAAUAUUUUUAUUUGGUUUUGAGUGAAUUGGUGAAAGCACAGUGGUCCCUCUUCUGCUUUUGUUCUGGAUUUUUUUGAAGAUGGCAUUGCAGGAAAAACCUACAGCCAAGCCAAACUGUGGAAGGCUUCCUCCCACACCUAACUUUCAUCUUUUGCUGAACCGGGGGGAAAAAAACAUUAAAGGGACACUUGGUUUUUUUGUUUGGGCUUGUUACUUGUUUUGUUUUUGUUUGUUUUUUUCAUAAAAUGAACCAGACGGUUAAAGCAUUAGGUAAACAACUGAUUAAUUAACACUUUAUGCAAUUUUAAUUUUAUAGAAAUUUUAAAAAAGGUUGGUAGACUUUGAUUGGUCCAAGCUCUGGUGAAAUGGCUGUUACCUUUCAUGACUUACUUGAUUCAGGCCUUUGUCCUUUUUUUAAGUGCCUUUUUUUUUUUUAAUUUUGUUUCCCUACCCUCUUUAAGCUUUCCUCAGAGAUCCUGAAGUGCUGGGAAGCAUUUUGGUGGAAAAUCUUAAGCUUGCCAAGAUGGCUUUAUGCUGUUACACUAUUUUUUUCCCUUUUGUAAAGAAAAAAACAAACCCAAGUGUGUAAUGUGUGUAACUUCAUAGCUGCUGUACUGUGGCAUUGGUUCUGUGUGCUUGUGCAUUCUCUCUGACACGCACACACGUGCACACACACACAAGCAAUAUUCCUGAAACCUGUUCAUCCUUCUCCAUUCUCCUGGCUCUGUUCAAUGCUACUUCAAGGUUGAACGUUUGUGCAAAGAUGGCAGUACAAUAAAAGAGUGUGUGCAUGAGUGUGCAUAAAGGUGCAUGAGAGAAAGGAAGUGGCUAAUGGGAAUGAAACUUCUUGCAUUUUUCUCUGAAGGUUUUGAAUUUGUUUCUUAAUUAGGUCAUGAGUAAAACAUUAUGGGCCCUGUUUGGCAACCUUAUCAAUUACUGGACUGCUUCACACAAUCACCGAGUCUGAGGCAGAGAUGUGUGGCUGACAGCCCAAGGAGCUGGGGCUUAAAUAAAGUUAAAAUAGCAGCUUGCAACAUAUUUGAAUUGAGAUUGACUGCAAGAAUCUUGUGUGCAGCUGGUCAUAUCUGCUUGAUACCAGUUACUGCAAGGAUUCUCAUACUUACCAAAGUUGACACUUUCCACCAUACAUCCUAUCUAAGAAGGAAUUUAGUAAAACCUGCCAAGAGUGCAGCUGCUAAUUAAGUUUAAAGCUAGCUAUGCUUCACAUGCUGCCUAAGUCACUCACCAUGACAUACUUUUCUAGUUGUACUUCUCAAUUUGAGAUUUCAUUAGUGGUUUCUUCUCUUACUAUAGUGAACAGUAAGUUCAUGUGUUCUUAGCUGCAGAUAAACCCUCAUAAUAGUAUCUGUGCUUGUUUCCUUGUUCUCAGACAGAAUUAGAUAUCUGCAAUAGAUGAUCUAGUGAUUUUAACAGCUUUGUGCCAGGAUCUAUCUAACUUAUGAUUAUUAUAAACGUGAAUACCUGAAAUUAGCAAUUCACUUGUGCACCAAGUGCUAAACUUAAGGUAACAUGCAUAUGCAUCACCAGACUGUUCUAGUUCUGCGAUCUGCUUCCCCAAGGGAAGAUCUAAUUUUGAGUUGCAAUACGAAAAGGAAGCAUUUAUUUUACAGAGUUGGAGGAGUGUUUCAUGGGUGGAGAACCAGUGUGGAAAACAGAAAAUACAGUACCAAAUAUGUUCCUGUGGCAGAGAAUAACCUAACUCAGUUCUUGGCUUGUCAUUGCAUGCUUGGGUUAAUCUGUUACGUGAAUUAGGCCAUAAUAGGAUUUCUCCUACCAAUCUUAUGGUGCCAGUCAAAGACAGGACUAGUGCUGGUAGCUCAGCCAGUUGGAGUGGUAGUUGAGGGGGCUUCUUAAUCUGUCUUAAGUGCAUCAGUGAAGUUACUUCAGUGAAGUUUACCACAUUCACCAAUUACAUUGAUUAAUUCCUUUUGAACAUACAUGCUCUUCAUCCUAGGCUGAUCUGUGGGAUGAGGAAUCUACAGCUGGUGAUGAUGGCUGACUGUUGCAGUCUUUAACAGAUGCAACUGGUGUAAACUCUGUCUACUGUUUAAGAAAUCACUGCCAAAAUAAGCAGCCAGAAGUAUGCUUACCAGGCCACUGGAAAGAUAACUGUUGUGUAGGGGAAUGCUUUGCUUAUAGAAACUUCUGGUGGGGCUUCAUCAUCCUUUUUCUAUGAUGCAGUGAUCCCUUGCUGCUGUAAUAGCCUUUUGGGGCUCUAGAAAGCCCUGGUGCUGCUGUGAGUUAUGCUGAGAGGUCAACCUGGCCUGGAACUGGCCCAAAACUGGGGAAGUACAAAGAUUCCCUGCAACUGUACUUGCACACUGUUAAGUAAAACUGUGCUAAUCUUGUCAGUAGUCAAGGAUAUAGGCCAUUUUUGUAGCCAUUUUUGACAGCUGUAGUUCUACCCCAAACACACAAUCAUGUUUUGUAUCUAGAAGUGUAUUUUGGUCUCUUCCAUUGUUGUCAUCUCCUGCUUAAACAAUAACCAUUAGCUGCUAAGGUUUUCAUUAUGGUGAACUAAUCCCAGCCAAGCAGUGUACAUUACGUUUGGCUCCUGUCAUGCACAAUGCUAAAAGGAUUUUUUUUGUUACUUCCUAGCAAUGUGCAGAUGCAUUUUAUCAGUAGUCGUAUUUGCUACUGUCUAUUACCAAGAGAAAAAGAGUGGGAGAGAAUCCACCAAAACCAGUCAGGAGAUGCCAAUAUCAUAGGCCAAACUGAGCAGUUGCUGAGGCAGACAGAGCUUCAAUGAGACCUAGCAGAUUUCACCAGAGUGAGGGAAGAAACUUUCUUGUGUUCUCAGCUUUUUCCAGAUAAGGCCUUAGUUUGAUUAAUAGUCACUAAUAUCAACUAUGCAGAUAAGUAUUUAUGUGUUUCAGUGUUACAUGCAUUCCUUUCCCCAGCUACCCCUAACACAUUGAAAUUUUACCCAAAGAAAAUGUAGUAUUUUUGAAUGUCUGUAGUGCAGAACUUUUUGCUAAGAUGAAAAAAAAAAACUGUAUUUUAAAAAAGAAACCCUUUCACUGGUGCAACAUGUAGUGUCAAGUGUAAUGAAGUUGCUUGAGAGGGAAGUUAAAAUCACUUUGUGUGACAGGUUUUAGUCUGAGAGUUUUUUAGAAUAUUCAGCUCUCACAAUUGGAUUAAGAAGCUGCAGAAAUAUUUUUUAAUGUACAGAUUGGAUUUGGGAAGGAACUGAUGAGACAUCCCAGGUUUCUUUCCAGCAUCAGAAGUGAAUUAAGUUAAUUUCUCACUGAAAUGAAGUUGCUUCUAAACAAGGGGAGUUACCAGCUAAAUAAAAACUAAAUCACAGUCCCCAGGUAUUUCUCACUGGUCUUUUAGUCUUGUUGUAUGUAACUACAAAUAACAAUUUAGCUCAGAGAUGAGAACUGUAGUGUGUGUUUUAUUGCCGGUGAUUCCAUCAUGUAGCAAUUAGUACCAUGUUCUUGCAUAGUUAUCAAGAUCUGUACUGGAAGUAGAUGGAGAAAUUUUAUUUUUGGACUACUGUUGAAAAAAAAAAAAAAGCAACAAAAUUAACUACUGCUUUUUACCCCCCAAAAGUCUACUGAGGAGUGCUAUAUUUUAGCAGUUAAACUAGUAUCCUUGUUAAUGUGGUUUGUCUCUUGUAGUCUUUUACUGAGAGUUAGAAGCAUUUAAUGAGUAAUCCUUAAAAAGUUCCCAUUCUCUAGUUUAAGGUCAGGUGUUUGUAAUAAAAGGGCAUCUGUGAUCAUAACUUCUGAUGAUACAAAAUCUCUAUGUUCAGAAUACUUCAUUGGGGAAAAAAAAAAAACAAGCGUGGGUACAAGUCCCUUUAGGCCAGCCUGAUAAAAGAGGGUCAGUGAAGAAGAGUGCCCUGCACAGCUAAAGGCAAUGGGGAUCAUCCCCUCAACAGCACUUAGGCCUCCAUGUCCUUUGUUUGGUGUCACUUUUAAUAUAUAUAUAUUUUAGCAAGUUUGGAUAUAGCCAGUUUAAUUCUACCUAACUCGCUGUGAUUCCCCAGACGAUGAAGGGCUGAGAAACUGCUUUGCUGCCUUUCAGUGGGGAGCUCAGAACAAAGUUGGAUGAGUUUUUUUUGUUUCUAAUUCGUAACUAAUUCGUGUUAAAUCACAGCUAGAAUUCUUUGCAUUCCUUGGCUUCAAACAGAGGAGAGCACAGUUACUAUGAGAUGGCUAACCUGUUCAAGUUGGUGAUUCCUGUGAUGCUUUACUCAGCCCAGCAUGAAUUUGUACAAGGUCACCUUCCUCCUUUUAACACUCGCGCGUUCCGGAUCAUAGGGGCUUAGCGAUGGAGAGAGGAUCCCAACAUCCUUGUGCUUACCUGAUGAGCUCUCCAGGGAAACUGCCCCGUGAAAUGCUCCCUUCUUGUGACUACAAGCCUGAACAACCAAAUGCAGCUACAUUUGGGUGGCAAGCACCACUUUCAUUUGGAGUUUUUAGGGAGGUGUGUUCCAGUAACUUCAAGGGAUACUGUUUUAAAUGUGUGGUUUCUUUCCUCUCUCCUUUUAAAACUGGACCUGAACACAAGUUUUGAGUUAUUGGGGUAUGUUUUUGUUUUAUUUGGGGGUUUGUUUUUUUGUUUGUUUGUUUGUUGGUUUCUUUUUUUUGUAAUAAUCUCAGGACCUGAAAGAUUGUAGCAUUUAGUGUGUCUUAAAAAUGAUGUACUGUACCAGCCAUGGAUUUUGUAAAUACACCUGUCUCCCUUUUUUGUAUUUUAAUUUUUUAAAAGUGUGUAAGGCUCUUUGCCAGAGGAACUGGUGCCUGCUUUAUCUCCAUCCUGAACUGAAGCAGGAAAAGGAAGAAGCUGCUGCCUCAAAAGCCUGCGUCAGUUCCAAAUGCGUAUAUUGUCCUGGUCAGUUUAAUGGCUGUUAGUCUUUUGUUAGGUGGGAAGCCAGUUAGUUCCCUCCCUGCACAUUCCAGGUUGUGGCUAGCAGAGCCCUGUCAGGGAGGCUAAUUUUAACUCUCUUCUGGGUGACUACUUUACAUUUUCACUCCUUCCAGGUACUCAGGUUUCCUAUCCCUGAGCAAUCCAAUGCUUUCAGAGGUCAGGACUAUUGGCCCUCUGUGACAAUAACUGGAGAGCAUUUCAUUUUAUCAGUGCUCUGAUCCACACACGGUUAUGGGGUUCGUAUCCUGUGAACCUUGCAGGUAACGCUGCCUUCACCUGUUCCGGAAGGGACUUGCCCUUUUCUGCUUUCCUGAAAGGAGCGCAAGCUUUUUUUGGCAGCAGCCUUUGCUCUGGGAUCCACCCUUGCCAGCAGACCCCUGUUCUGCAGUAGGAGCCUUACUCAAUUUGGCGUAGCUGUUCCCUGUCCCUGACUGCGACAGGCUUUUUCAUGAGUGUACUUUUCUGUUUUUUUAUGUGUCACGUGUCUGUGCUGUAUUAAAUAAAGAGGAAUGUACAUAUUA